UGUCGCCGGUGGAGGAGUAAUGAGUAGCCAUGGCUGCAGAAGCGGCGAAACUUCUCCCCCACCUUCUCCCCCGCGCCGCGCGUAUAUAUAUGCACACACACCACGCCCACCUCGCUCCAGUCCAGACGUGGCGGUUUGACUUUCUGACCGGGGAAUCGGGGGCGGACGGAGGCGCGUCCCUUUGAGGAAGAGGAGACGGACGGGAGGGGGAUCUUCACUGGAGAAUUCGGAGGUUGAUUCUUGGAGGCGGAAGGGCGUGUCAAGAGGAAGCGCGUCUUUUCUGGAUUCUCCCCGCUCGGGCUCCGACCGAGGAGCUUUGUUAACAGCGGAUAUUAAAAGGUAGCACAAUGAAGGCACCGUCUCUACUGGUUCAGUGUUUCCCUGGCUUGCUUCCCAGCAAGACCACUAGUUGUGUGCCAAUUGUAUCUGAGAAAGAUCUGCAGCUACCAUCACCAGCUGUUGAAAUUAUCCCUUCAAAGAGUGCCCAUCCUUACAAAUAUGCUGGUGAGAAGGUCGAUGUGCAAGGUCUUGAUAUCUUCAAGGGGAAGGUUAGUGUAGCGGAUAUGAUAGCCUUUUCACCUUCUGAUGUAGCAUCAACAAAAUAUGAUGGAACUCUGAAAUAUUGGGAGAGUUCAAUCACUCUUGUCAACAUUCUUAAAAAUGAGAUCCGUGAUGGACAGUUGAGCUUCAGGGGGAAGCGGAUUCUAGAGCUCGGAUGUGGAUCUGGUCUGUCUGGCAUUUUUGCCUGCUUGAAGGGUGCAUCCACAGUGCACUUUCAGGACAUAAAUGCAGAAACCAUACGGUGCAGAACAAUACCCAAUGUUCUUGCAAAUCUUGAGCAAGCACGGGACAGACAGAACAGACCAUCAGAGAGCCCCGUUACACCAUCUAGGCAACUGUUGGCUCCCAAUGUGCAUUUCUAUGCUGGGGAGUGGGAUGAACUCCCUACAGUUCUCUCAGUUGUGCAGGCACCUGCAGCACCAACAAACCUUAGCUUCUCUGAGGAUGACUUUAUGGAUGGCUGCAGUAGUCAUGACGGGAGCAGUAUAGUUGGUCAUGACUACUGCCCCAGGCGAUCUAGGAAGCUUUCUGGUAGCCGUGCAUGGGAGAGGGCUAGUGAGACUGACCAAGCAGAUGGCGGCUAUGAUGUAAUUUUAAUUUCUGAUGUCCCCUAUGCUGUGAACUCUCUGAAGAAGCUCUAUGCCCUUAUUUCAAAGUGCCUACGUCCUCCAUAUGGAGUCUUGUACGUGGCUUCGAAGAAGAACUUGGUCGGCUCCAAUGGUGGCGCGAGGCAACUUCGAGCUCUGAUGGAAGAGGAAGGUGUUCUUGGUGGUCACUUCUUAACUGAGUUGUCUGACAGGGAGAUAUGGAAGUUCUUUUUCAAGUGAGCAAAUCCAGAAAGUGGAAGGAGGAAAUACUUUUAAAACACAUUUUUUUGGUUUCUAUCCGCAGUAAUGUACAUAUGGCAAAGCAUAGUUCCAUUAAUUCUUUGGUAGUAGAUUGAAAGAAUUUGAAAAAAGUAUGUGUAGUUGAGCUUGCUCAAGUUUCGGAAACAUUCAUGUUCUGUAGAUCUGUAAUGUCGUUAUAUUAAGUGCAGAAGGCAACUGUAUGUCUGUAGUGACCUUUUGUAUACCGGAUUUAUGAUGGUGGCGAUUCAGUCAGAUCAUAUAUUAGAAUUUUAUUUUUCACAAA